AUGGCCCCUCCGAGGUGGACAACGGCAGAGGAGCUUUUAUGGCUGCAAACCGAAGUGCCAACAUACCUGCAGAUGCAGAAAGAAAAAAAACUUAAUCGAUUCUUCGAACUUCUGUACCCAAAGUGGUUCAGCAAUUUCCCUGAACACAUGAGAAUUUUUUCAAGUGAAAACUCACCCAACGAGGCCGCCAACAUCAAUCAAUCUGAUCUGGACUUAGAGGAGGCCAUCAAUGAGGUCAACACCGAGCUGGAUCAUGAGAACAGUAUAAGUGAUGUGGAAAAACUCACCAAUUUGGACACAGAACAGACAAAGGUGCUCAAUGACGCCAUCAACCAACGACGUAAAAAAUUGCGGGAGUGGUUUAGAAACAAUACAAAAGGAAAGACUACACCUGGUGGGACAUCGACCAGCAAAAUGCUAUCCGCGUUGCUUGGCCAGCGUGCACGAGGCACCCGAGACCUCAAGGAAAUUGAAGUAUACUCCCAACUUCACUAUGAGUCAAAAGUCAAGCCCUUAGUUUCUGAUGACAUCAAGGAGAAUAAACUGGUACUACCUGAUCAAAAGCUUUGUGCUGUCCGGCAACACACAAGUGAAUGUUUCGCAAAGGAGCCAGAAGAUGUGAAGGACGAGGUUCACGAUGAGACAGUACAUAUUAAUGCUGCCAGAAAGUUGGGAUCAGUUGCAGCAGGGCAAGAUCGGACAAAGGAGGAAAUUUACCAUGCAAUUCAAGAGUUGCCCAUCGUGCUGGGCGAUAUCAUGACAUUGAGUUAUCAUCAUGGUAAAACCCUGGAGGGUUUUAGCUUUAAGGCGUCAACGCCUAACUUCCAUGAACAGUUUUUGUUGCCAUUUGAAAGACACCUGGGUCGCAUAUAUGGUUCUUCUGCAAAGGGAACUUCGGUUCCUACAUCUACAUCCAGUUCCCCUCCUCCAUCGACUACUGACCUAUCUUUGCCAUCUCCACCUAGUUCGCCUCCUUUGUUGACCAUGGACCUCACUCCAACAUCCGCACUUGCUUCAUCUCUUCCUCCAUUGACUACUGACCUUGCUGUACCAACCCUGUCUCCUCCAUCAACCAUGGUUGAUGUGUUGCCUGUCCACGAGGCCACAUUGGCGCAUAAUUCAGAGCCCUUGGUAUCCUCGGAACUCACUGUCACGACGCAAGCUGCGCUUAAUCCAGAGCCCUUCAUAUCCUCGGAACUCACUGUCACGACGCAAGCUGCGCUUAAUCCAGAGCCCUUCGUAUCCUCGGAGCUCUCUGUCACGAUGCAGGCUGCCAAUAAUCCAGAGCCCUUGGAACCCCUGGAGCUCGCUGUCACAAUGCAAGCUGCCAAUAAUCCAGAGCCCUUGGAAUCCUCAGAGCUUGCUGUCACGACGCAAGCUGCCAAUAAUCCAGAGCCCUUGGUAUCCUUAGAACUCGCUCUCACGAUGCCAACUGUGCAUAAUCCAGAGCCCUUGGUAUCCUUAGAACUCACUCUCACGAUGCCAGCUGCGCAUAAUCCAGAGCCCUUGACGCUUGGGACGCCCAGGAUGUCCUUCCACUCAAGCAAAGGUCCAAAGGAGGCCAACAAAAUUGGUGGUACCAGCUCGCAGCAAGGAACGAAGGCAGCACCUAAGAGGAAGUGCAACACUGCACAGCCCAUUUGGCUCACCGAUAACAAAGGCGUCGCAUCCGAGUUGGGUGCGAACACUGCAAACAAUACAAGGACCAACUACGCUGGGCACGUCCGACGCGGGUGGGAAUGGCUGGCGAGCCACUUCGACAAUUUGAGCAGGUCUGCUACAAGCCCCAACAACGUGUCCAAAGACUCACCAGCACUUAGUAUGCUGCCACUGCCUGCUGGUGUCGCAACAGAUGCAGACGAUGACGUAUAUGAUGAUCCUGCAUUCAAGGACGUGUUCGAUAGCAUACCAAACGGAUGCUCCGACAAAGCAUUGGCACUCUUUAUGUCUCUGAAAGGGUUCCAUGAGAACUUGAGUAAGACAACUGUCGAGAGCAUCCGUUCGGCAUUUAAGAAGCUGUGGGAGCUAUCAAAUGGUGACAGAUUCCGUGGUAAAUGGCACUUCAACGAGGCCAAGCAGUGCUGGGAGGGAAAUCCUGCUAAUUCAGGGGAUGUCUAUGAUGUGCUGUCAUCGGUCAAGCACAAGGCAAGUGCGGAGGGCAGAGAUCGGACUCACUCGAUGGCAAUGACAAAAGACUACAUGAAUCAGACACUUCGAUGGCAUCAGGCCACGUGUCCACUCGAGAUCGCGCUGCAGAUGAUUUGGAAGGUAAUGAGUGGCACUCAGCCUUCAGAUGUGCAUCUAGACCUAGAAACAAGAUCACGACUCACCCGUCAUCUCGAACAAGUCACGUUCGAAGCCAACACAUGGACACUGUGGACGAGAUGUUUUGAGCUCAUCAAGUUGCAGCGAAAGGACAUAUCACUCGAUAUGCCCAUGUUGGAUGAAGUGCUAAAAAUGUACCUCGCAGGCAAGACACUGGCACUAAGUGAGUGCCAGUCUCACUUUGAGAUCUUCCUCUCGAACCGUAAAGGGUGGCAACGGAAGGUCGACAAGGGCCAGUGGGAAGCGGAUUUAAGAUCAAAUCACUACAAGAUCUAUCCACGCCCAGACAUCCUGGCCUGUGACAACUUUUUUUGGACGUUGUUCUGGAUCAAAUGGCUGGAGCACUUUCACUAUGGACGCUCACUUCAACCCAACGACUUCAUCUUUCCCGCAAUGGGUGCCAGCAGGGUGGUACAGCCUGGCCAACUGAUAUCUCAUGAUACAGUACAAAAGUGGAUCAACGAGGCUACAACAGGCACUGGCAUUCUCGGCAACUUCUCAACCCACUGCUUUCGUCGUGGGGGUGCACAGUGGUGGGGUGGAUGGGCCAAAGGCGAGCAUCGCGACACACUUGUUCGUUAUCUACUCGAUGAAUUACAUGCCUAUGAGAAUGACUACAGUGAUGCCCUUGCCCCCAUCACCCGUGGUGCUAACGCCUCCCUCACUGGUGAACAAGCUCUCAUGAGACCGGUGUCUAUAGAAGAGCUUCGCAUGGUUCAUUCAUCUGUCACGACAGAUGUCAACAACCUGCGCAACGACAUCAGAUCGGUUCACAACUCACUGUGCACGCUAACCAAUGUGAUGGUGCAGGCAGCCUGCACCACAGCAACUGCUCUGCAACUUCAAGGUGAUUCCUCCCGGCGCUUCGCCAUCAUCUCUGACUCUCAGGCUGAGUCAUGUGCCUCCAAGUCUUGCACACCACAGCCAACUCCACCAUACACCCCAUCCCGCGAAGGAGGACACCUCACAGCCACACACCGCCCUUCACCCAGAGCUGUCACCAGCCAGAGCAGCAUCCUCACUUCACAACAACCCGCCGCUACUAAAACUACCCCACCAUCCAAGAACACCACCUCCCAAUCCCUCCCUACCGCUGGCCUUGUAAUUCCCCAUGUGCCUGUCACUCGUCCAAACGGCACAACCAGCCCGAAGAGUAAGUCCUGGAAGGAGAUCGUCGAGCAUUGGCUCGUCGGCAACCCAGACAGGGGAUUGAGGAUGCCACUCAAAGAUUGGCCGAAGGAGUGGUACCAAGGCGCCAAUCGACGAUUCGCGUCAAAGUACCAUCAAAGGGCAACCAUCGUGCUGGAAUUCAUCAACGAGUACGAGUCGAACGAGUCGUGUUUCCUCACAGCAUAUCCAGAGGCCGAAAUGGGACACACGCAGUUGCUGAAGGCCAUCAACAAGGCACGCACUGCCCUCAUGCAGCACGUCUCUCGCAAAAAGUGA